CCUCUAUGUGGUAAUCAAUCGAUGAAAGGCUAAAACACCUUCCUACAAAUUUGUUAUCUUUUAUUUGUCACCUUGAUACCGAUAUGCUUACGAAAUGGACGUUGGAAUAAUGGGACAAUUGUCUGUGAGAUGUAUGCCCACUCGGUAACAAGAUAUACCUCUGUUCCUGAUAACGCAGACCUCGUUCGCAGAAAACAGUGUAAUCUCCAGAGAGCCAAUUCAAACCUUAUCGUUCCCACAGCCUAUGAUUCUGAUUUUUUUAUCGAUGUCGUUUAUGAAUGCGGUUUCGGCUAGAAGGGAUCAGAACUGCAUCAGGAAGGAAGGGUUUCAUGGAUUCUAUACGAGUGGUCAUCGCGGCGCUGCUCCUUACAGGAGUAGCUGCCGGCAGUACCGAAGACUCCAACUUGUUUCUAGACAUCGUUCUGGAGGCUUUCCUUCCUGACCUUGUGAGAAACGCCUCGCAAGAUCCUCUCCCGCUUGCCGAUAUUCGUUUUGACGUUGUUGACUAUUACGUCCCCACCGACAGAACCACAGUUGAAUUCUCUGGUGGACGACUUAUCGGGUUGGCCUCCAAGGUUCGCCGACAUGGACAGUGCACACGUCCAAGGCUGCUAGCUGAGAGAGUCACUCUGGAGUGCGAGCUGACAUUAGACGGUGUCAGCGUCAGCUACAACGGGUCUUACAGAGCUCCCGGAAAGGACGGGAAGAUGCAGAAUAUUUCUGUGGAGUUGAUUGUGCUGAACACUUACGCCGUCGUACGAGUCACCAGCAAAGAAGAUGGAACACCAGUGCUGAAUAACUUCAGGAUUCCAAAGAUGAACCUGAAGCUCAAAGAUACAGGGUUCGACUUCGCCCAGUCAGACAACGUGAGGCAGACACUGAGACGAAGCGUACAAAGCAAGCUCUCUUCCGUACUGUUUCGAAAAUUCCGGAAGACCCUGGAGGAAGCAUUACAAAGUGUGCUCGUGCCUAUUGCUUGAAAGGGAUCCUGAAAGGGUGUUGUAUUUCAAUAAAAUCGAGCACCCAUGUCUUGAUGGAGGGAUGGGCACCCCCCCCCCCAAUGUCCCCCCUAAAAUGAAAUUUUAGUACCUUCUCCUGAUGUCCACGCGCAUUAAUGACACCAUUUGCUAUGAUGCCGCUUGACGAUCAAAUGUUCAGACGUUGCGGCAACGUUUCAUGCACAAAUAUAAUGUUACCGCGAAGCUUCUAUUUCAAUGUUGGUGCAAUAUUUGAAAUGGUGCAUUUUAGAAACGUUACGAUUAUGUUACUGAGGGAGUAUUUUAUAAUGCGAAGCAUUCUUUAGCUACUAACACCGAGAAAGUGGUAAGUCUUCUGGCCAGAGCGUCGAACCGAAACGUUUUUUUUUCUUUUUGGUUUGUUUCGGGUUCGGCCAUGAAGGUUCAGUUCCGGUUCAGUUUCGGAGUUCACAUAUAUCGAUUCAUAUAACUGGUUCAGCGGCUGUAAACCGGUUCGGAACCGGUUGGAGGUUCUAAUAUGCCAGAAAAUUAGGUGUUGCCACAAAGAAUGAUACAAUAUGUCUUAGUUACUUUAUUAAUGCAUUUGUUUCUGUUUUUCAAACGACAGCACUUUGUUUCAUCCCUUCCCCGAGCAACUGCCGCCAAUCUAGGCAGGCAGACCGCUCCAAUGCCCACGACAUCCCUCCCUCAGGAUAUGAUUUAAAUUGCAAAAGAGAAAUACAAAAAAUGAAAAGAUGCGCCUCGAUUAUAACGAUAACACGUCAUCUGGAAGUGCAACGCAUUUUUAUGUAGCAUGUUCAUAUGAAAAAUGAACUAAUCGCUAUUGAAGAGUGAUAUUCAAC